ACGUCGGCACUCUGUGACGUCUCUGGCUGUCUGCAUCCUGGUCUGUGUCGUCUCGAGCCGCCUGUCGACGUCCUGAUUCUGCUGGGCCUCUAUUACAUUAGAGUGCCCUGCUGCCUCUUGUCAUGUCAAAAUGUUCCCAACUAAAAGUGUUCCCAAUUCAAUUGUCUAUUCAUUUUCAUGUUCUAAUUGUUCUCGGUUCUGACUUCAGACAUGUCCCGUGAAGCUUGUGGGCGAAGAGCAAAAUGGACAACGCGUUUGUGAGAGUCAGUUUUUUAGACCUGGGUCCACAUAGUUAUAAUUGGUACGCCGAGGGGUUUGACUUCGGACUAGUCCCGUGAAGUUUGUGGGUGUCGUAGAGCAAAAAGGGCAACACGUUCGUGUUUGAGACUCUCAGCUUUUUAGAACUGGGUCCAAUUGUUUCUAGCUCAAACGGUUCAGACGUUACAUACGUUUUCAAACAUAACGUCACAAUUGAUCAGAACACAGAGCUAUCCGAACGUGAACAUUUUCACGCUGGGAACAUUUUUACAUGACACCGGUUAGCGCUGUCUUAGAAAUGGAAUCUAUUUAUUUCUUGAGUGCUGUCGGACGCUGACGAUGUGACAUCGGAUUGUUUCUGUGGCGGCUGGUGCUGGUUUGUAUCCCUUUAAGAGCUACUUCUGCUGCUGGUUGCCUCUGGAGGGAUGUGAUAUUCUGCUGUUCUCUGAAGUCAGCAGCUCCCUGUAUGGAGAACCUAAUGAGUCUGUUCUUCAGGCAGGGACUGGUAGGAGGAGUGAUUUAGAUUCGUGCUGCUCUGGCACAGGAUGAAAACACUCAGCCUGAUUUGAAAGCCAUGAAAUGGAAUGAACAGGGUUAACCUCAGCUCUCCAUUCCCUGUGGGUACUAUGGGUUGAGGUGAAGAGAAUUGGCCCUGAACCGUAGCUGUUAAAUGGAAUAGUGGUUUGAGAUCCGCAGUCAAGCACAUUAUCAGUGGUUAGGCAAUGCCAAUGUGGGAGAAAACAACAUGAUGCUGGUAAUUUCCUCAUACACAAGAAUUUUCCAGCUGUAGCUACAUUGACCUUGUACAGGGAACAUAAACUGUGAGUUGUGAAUUUGUUACCUAAUCCUCGAUUUCAGUUCCUCCAUGUUGCUCAACUCUGUAUUCUACUCUAUUUGUACAUUGAUCUAAUCACAUAAUUAAAUAGUACAUAAUUAUUCCAUGGUAUUGUUGAAUACUCCUUUCUGAUUGUCUUGAAGGGCAUUCUAGAGUGUGCAUUAUUUCCCUAUAUUAUUGCACGGUAGAAUUCAAUGGCUCAUUGUUUAUUUUUACAUGUUUUGGUUUGAGCUGCUUUUUAAAGCAAAGGUUGAAUUGAAAACAGUAUUACUAUUGUUGAAUUCGAUUUUCAUAAUAGCAAGCUAGGACUGAUGGUUUGGUUAGCUAAACUAGCAAGUCUGUUUGUUAGAUUACCACAGCAACUACUGUAGCUAUCUAGUAAACUUACUUUUGGUAAUGUAGUGUAGCUAGUAUGUGGACACCUGCUCGUCAAACAUCUCAUUCCAAAAUCAUGGGCAUUAAUAUGGACCUCGCUUUGUGCAUGGGGGUAUUGUCAUGCUGAAACAAGAAAGGGCCUUCCCCAAACUGUUGCCACAAAGUUGUAAGCACAGAAUCGUUUAGCAUGACAUUGUAUGGCAUUGUGCAUGGUGAUCUUAGGCUUGUGUGCGGCUGCUCGGCCAUGGAAACCCAUUUCAUGACGCUCCCGACCAACAGUUCUUAUGCUGACGUUGCUUCCAGAGGCAGUUUGGAACUCUGUAGUGAGUGUUGCAACCGAGGAUUUUUACGCACUUCAGCGGUCCUGUUCUGUGAGCUUGUGUGGCCUACCACUUUGCGGCUGAGAUGUUGUUGCUCCUAGAAGUUUCCACUUCACAAUAACGGCACUUACAGUUGACCGGGGCAGCUCUAGCAGGGCAUACAUUUGAAGGACUGACUUGUUGGAAAGGUGGCAUCCUAUGAUGGUGCCAUGUUGAAAGUCACUGAGCUCUUCAGUAAGAACAUUCUACUGCAAAUGUUUGUCUAUGGAGAUUGCAUGGAUGUGUGGCUGAAAUGGCCAAAUGCACUAAUUUGAAGGGUUGUCCACAUACUUUUGUAUAUAUAGUGUACUUCAGUGGAUGUUGAACACAUUUCCACUGGCAAAUGUAAUUAAUUUCUAGUGUUAAAUUAUAGCCAUGCGUUCUUUGGAAAAUAAUGUAACUCCUUGGAAGGUCAGUUCCACUCGGUUAGCACGUCGUGGAACACACUUUCCACGUCGUUCAUUAUUUUCCAUAGAACCCAUAGCCCCUUGUUGAUUAUCCCUUACGUGUUCAAUUAUUUACUAUAGUGUUAUAUUGGAUUACUAUAGUAUUAUAUGGAUCUAAUACUCUCUCCCUCUCCUCCACCAGCCUUGGGAGCAGCCUAUGGCACAGCUAAGAGUGGAACGGGGAUUGCUGCCAUGUCGGUGAUGAGGCCGGAGCUCAUCAUGAAGUCUAUCAUCCCCGUGGUCAUGGCGGGUAUCAUAGCCAUCUACGGCCUGGUAGUAGCAGUGCUCAUCGCUAACAACAUCUCCGAGAAGGUCACCCUCUACAAGUGAGUCUGACAUCUCCCACUUCCAUUAAUUUCUUGAAAUUGGCUGUAUUUGCAUUUCCCCUCGAUUCCUAAUACUACAAGGUGAGGAACUUAUAACAGGCUCUGAGGCAAUUGGUCCAUCAAUCCAUUACACCUGACAUUUAAUAUUAGAUCAAAUCUAUAUACCAUGGAAAUGGUAGUUUUAUUGCCCAAUAUUUUGUAAUUGUCUUUCAUUGAAAACAUCUCAUCUUACUUUUGUCAUUGUUCAUUCUGUAUCACAUAGAAACCCUGUCCACUGUAUUGAUCCUAUGGUAAUCCUCUCUGUGUUGUAGGAGUUUCCUCCACCUGGGUGCUGGGCUGAGUGUGGGCUUGAGCGGGCUGGCAGCUGGCUUUGCAAUUGGUAUCGUAGGUGACGCGGGCGUUAGGGGCACGGCCCAGCAGCCCCGGCUCUUCGUGGGCAUGAUCCUCAUCUUGAUCUUCGCAGAGGUCCUCGGGCUCUACGGUCUCAUCGUGGCCCUCAUCCUGUCCACUAAAUAAACCAUCAACCUCUCCACCAAAAUCUCUUUUAUGUUGCUGCUGGAGAAAAAAAAGAAGAGUAAAACUGGAUUUAAAAAAUUAAAACUUAUGACAAAAUAAGUAUAUGUGUGUGUGCCGAAUGUGGAAAAUAAUUAUAUAAUUAGAAAUGGCUCCAUAAAUAUGGUCUUAUCUCUACAAUGUGUACAGUCGUCCCGAUUUUGAUAGUCAAAUGCAAUGUAGUGAUUUGUCUGUCCUGUGUGUUACAAAAUGUAUGAAGAUUCCCUUUCCCCCCACUGGUUUUACAGCCUCCAGGCUUCUUGCUGGUUUCUGCCUCUGGUCUUAGAGAGCUGACCAAAGGGCCCCACUGCUUUUUCUCCUGCAUUGAUUUGGGAGUUUACAUGAUUUCUGCAUUUAAUGUCUGAGGCUCUAUUUGUAAAGAAAGAAAUAUGUAUGGACUUGGCUUUGUUUUGUGUUUUUUGUUUUGUUUUUUUCUAUCUUAUUUAUAAAUGUUUAAAUGGAGCAAAAAUCUUUAAUUUCCCAUGAUAUAUACAGACAUGCAUACAUAUAAAUAUAUCUAUAGAUAGAUUUAAUGCACUGUGGGUUAAUUGUGAUGUGGGUUGGAAUUCCUCUGGAUGUAUUACUUGGUUUAAAAUUAAGAUUGCCUUUAGUGUGUGGCUGGUGGAGUGGGAGUUUUGUGUGUAACUGUAUUUUAAUCAUAAUGAAAACAUUCUCGAAACACUUCAAUGUUUUCCUGUAGUACCGCUGUUUGAUUGCAUUAAAGGUGUGUGCCCAGUGUUGGGUCUCACAAGUGUAAUUUUCAAAACUUUAGCAGCUUCAUCCCGCUCAUCUGUAGAUUUUUCAUCACACAUCGCUUCCAUUAAACGUGCAUGGAGUUAUAGUUUUUAGUUGAAAAUUCCUUGUACUUCGCCAUACUGUCUGUACCAUAGUGUAAUUCAAAUGGGUAGCCAGGUGAUGUUUUGGUGUAGGAAUUUGUUUUCACUUAAGUUAUAACAGGUAAUUUCCUUGAGAUAUGGGUUAUUUUCAAGGUGAUGUUGAAUUGAGCUAAAUGGUACCCAUUUUUCAUGUUAUCUUCAAUUUGAUUAAAAAUAACCUUUAUUGUAAUUUAAAUUAAUUACAUCUCACAUUGUGAUCAAUUACAGAAAUCCUUUAAUGGAUUGUUUUGGCUCUUUUGUUGAUAAAUUGUAUUUUUGUUAUAAAUCAUACUUAAUUUCUCUCA